AUGCCCUUUUAUGGUCGACCGAGCAAAAAUUGCGAGAGCUGUCGUGAAAGGCGGAUCAAGGCAAGUAACCUUAACGAACCCGUCUGCUCGCAAUGCAAAAGAGCGGGGAAACCAUGCGGUGGCUAUCGCGUUGUCACCUCUCUUAUGUUCCGUGACGAGAAUGACCGAACGGUCCGACGGUCUGCAGUCGCGGAAUCUAGAUCGAAAGCCAGGCGCAAGCUAUUGGACUCUGAGAAAUCGUCCUCUAGCCCGGAACCCUCUGUGACAUCUCAAUCACGUCUUGUAGUGUCGGAAAGAAAGCUUCUUGUGGUUUUCCUUCCAACAAUUCCAGCCGUUGUUUCAUCCAGCGUGGAGGAGCAAGGAUUGAACUUUUUCUUCCAUCGAUUUGUAACGGCAGUUUCGAUGCUAGAACGUGCGCCACCUCAACUAGAGGUUUCACCCUUUUCAGAGAUGAUACUACUGGACCCACCCGUCCGAGAUGCCGCCGUCUCGGUUGGCCUGGCUGCCAAAUAUAAUGUCACGCGAGACCGAGCCCUGCAUCUCGUGGCGAGAGAGAACUAUGCGGCGGCCAUUAGCAGCCUCCGUGUAGCGGUGGAAAAUCCCGAGCGGGCCAAUCCGGAACAGACGUUGAGGCUAAUUGUGAUGCUAGGUCUGUACGAGAUGGUCAGUUGCACACCCAACCAAGUCGACUCGUGGACGGUGCAUCUUGAUGGUGCUGCAGCCCUGCUCAAGCAGAGCACUUUCAACCAGGCCCUGAAAACCUUCCAACCUCGUCCGCAAUUGCAAUACUACUAUGUUUCCAUCGUGAAAUAUUUUAUCGCCCAAGGAAAUUCUCUGCCAGACUUACUUGAUUGGAGUCCCGAUACUAUUUCGAUAUCGAACCCUGAUGAGCAGCCGGCCAUCCGUCUGAUCGACAUAUUAAUCCGCUUUAUGAGGCUACACUCGUCCAUCCGAACAAAUCCGGAUCUUAUCCCAGAAACCGCAGUACAUUCCGCUCUGGCUUUCGAGUCAGAGCUAGAUCAGUGGGAGAAAGAACUUCCAGAGAAGUGGGCCUAUGUGGUUAAGGAUUCGAAUGACACCCAAAACACAUUCAACGGGAAGUACGUGGCGUAUGAUGAUUUGUGGGCAUCAAGAGAUCUCAACAAUUACUUUUGGGCAAGGUUGAUGGUCAACGAGACGAUUCUAUCUUACCUCUCAAGGUCCAAAACUACGACAGUCCAAGAUCUGUGGCGGCGACAGCUGGCAUUGGAUACGAUAUCUCAGAUGGCGACCUUUAUCUGCGCCAGUGCCGCCAGCCAAAUGGGUGCCCUUGGUUGCAGAUUAUCAGUUAGAGCCGCGACGCGCAUGCUCCCGUUGAAUGAGGUGUUCAUGUUAAUGUUCCCAUUGGCGGUGGCCGGAGGUGCAGCCGGAGCUCCGGAUGAAGUACACGAAUGGGUCGUCCAAAGACUCCAGAAGAUUGGAAGUACGAUGGGGAUCCAGCACGCGCUGGAGAUGAUACCGAAAUUGAAGCAAGCUCGAGAAGCGAAGCUGCAGCGAAUAAUGGAGUGUCAAUAA